AUGCCGUAUAGAGGCGACUUUGGCGCCCGAAGCGCAUCCGUUUCUACAGCUCGUCGACCCGAGUCGACGUUUGACAUAGAAGUGCCUCGUUCGCACUCCUAUCCAGAUUACAAUCACCCUAUAGGCCAGUUCCCUCGCCACCUCCAUGGAGUCGCUCUAGAAACGCCCCUCGUCGAUGAGGAAGGGCGCAGGCCAAGCGCACCGGCCACCUUCAUACGGUGGUUCGUGGAUGGCUUCAAGCGUGAUCCUGAUGCGCAGCUCACCACAAGGUCAUCGACAACAUUCGCUGACCGGAAAGCCUUCGAUAUUGCUGGCGCUGCCGCGGCGACGGCGAAUUCGCCUUUGAAACGCCGAUUACAUGGCAGGCAUCUGCAAAUGAUCGCUAUCGGAGGUUCUAUAGGGACUGGAUUAUUCGUGGGUUCGGGUAAAUCACUGGCCACAGGUGGCCCUGCUUCGGUGCUGAUUGCUUUCUUGCUCGUUGGGGUGAUGAUCUACUCCACCGUCCACGCACUGGGAGAGAUGGCCGUUCUCUUUCCAGUAGCUGGCUCAUUCUCAGCCUACUCUACUCGCUUUUUAGACCCUGCAUGGGGGUUUGCGAUGGGAUGGAACUAUGCUCUGCAAUGGCUUGUUGUAUUUCCGCUGGAGAUAGUUGCCGCUUCCGUUACAGUGUCAUAUUGGUCGACCUCCCUCUCACCAGCUCUUUGGGUGACAAUUUUUUACGUUCUGAUCUUUGUGAUUAAUCUGUUUGGUGUGCGAGGAUAUGGUGAAGCGGAGUUUAUUUUCUCGAUUGUCAAAGUCAUUUCUGUAGUGGGUUAUAUAAUACUCGGCAUUGUGCUUAAUGUUGCUGGUGGGCCGGACGGGAGCUAUAUUGGCGGCAAGUACUGGCAUGAUCCGGGGGCUUUUCACCAUGGCCUCAAGGGACUAUGCAGCUGUUUUGUGAAUGCUGCAUUUGCCUUCACGGGCACCGAAUUGGUCGGACUUGCUGCUGCUGAAGCUACAAAUCCCCGAAAAUCUCUACCUACUGCCGUCAAACAAGUCUUUUGGCGGAUUGCGCUCUUCUACAUCAUAGCUUUAACGAUGGUUGGUCUUCUCGUUCCAUAUACCGAUAAACGCCUUCUCAGACCCGGGUCAGAGGCAACCUCCACGCAAACCAAAGCUUCUCCGUUUGUCAUAUCCAUUAGAAAUGCCGGUAUUACUGGCUUGGACUCAGUAAUGAAUGCGGUUAUUAUGAUAUCAGUCCUCAGCGUCGGAAACUCAGCAAUAUACGGAUCUUCACGUACUUUGGCGGCGCUUGCGGAACAGAAGCAAGCACCCCGUUUCUUGGCAUAUAUCGAUCGCCGAGGAAGGCCUAUAUUUGCAGUUGGAGUUGCAUUUGCAGCUGGGAUGCUGUCCUUCCUUGCCGGAUCUAGCCAUCGUGAUGAAGCAUUUACCUGGAUGAUUGCCAUCUCUGGCCUUUCCGCUAUCAUGACCUGGUCUUCUAUCUGUCUGGCACAUAUCCGAUUUCGCCGUGGAUGGCAUGUGCAAGGCCAUUCUCUAAACGAGCUUACUUUCCGCUCUCAACCCGGUCUAAUAGGCUCUUACAUUGGCUUAGUUUUUAAUAUGCUAGUCCUUAUCGCCCAAUUCUGGGUUGGGCUUUUUCCUAUUGACUUGAAGGAUAAGUCUGUCAAGGGACAUGUGCAGAAUUGGUUCUCCGUGUAUCUUGCCGCUCCUAUCGUACUGGUUUUCUAUGUUCCUUAUAAGUUAUGGUUCAGGACCUCCAUUGUGAGGUCGAAAGAUAUGGAUCUAAAAACUGGACGGAGGGACCUGGAUAUCAGCGACCUCAUCGCUGAGGAAAGACGGUAUAGGGAGCAGUGGCCGGCUUGGAAGAAGAUUUACAAGAUAUUCUGCUGA